GCUUUCAGAUUCUACUGCAAGUAGCACAAUGUUGCUGCAAUUGUGUAUCGAACACGUUUUUUCUUUUCCACUGAACUUGAGGGUUUUCAUCUACAGUGCAUUUCAGGUAGGAAGGUGGUUACAAAACCUAAAAUGUGUGCCAAAACCGGUGAUCUGACAGUUUUGCCUUUUAACCAGAAAUUAUUUGUAAGAAUGGAAACAAAGCGGUUUUGGAAUUAAAUGUCUACGGUUCUGCAGCGCGCUGCAUGUGUAAGUGACUAACCCUACCGAGUCUGAAGCGCUGCUGAGUGAUGCACGGGACAGGUUAACUGUAUAACGGGAGGGAGCUGUGUCUCCCACGUACUGUAGCUUCUUCUCUGUGCAGUGAGCACAUUGUGCAGCUUGCUUCUUCCCGCAUUGUAUGUGGCGCUGCUUCCUUAUCAGAGGGGCGAGGUGGGGGGAGGCGCGCCCGGCAAACAGGUUCUUCUAUAGCACACCGAGAGCUGGGACCUGCUUAGCGUGAAGGAAACAAGAGGGAGCCACGCCUGCAGCUCAGCUAACCAGGAAGUAUCCAAGCAGCAAGGAAACACCGGCCGAUGCUACGCCGAGGCAGUGCACUGAGAGAGCCCUCGCUGAUCUCCAGGCGCGAUUUUCUGCCUUUUGAAGAUACACAGUUUGCGUGGAAGAAGUUGUACACAAGAUGAUCCCAGUCCGGCACACUCUUGCAUGACUAGUUCCACUGGCUUCAGUGAGACUAGACUAUUCGCACGGGUACCUUUUGUGUUGAGUGAAGGGUUGGCCAUUCAAAGUGACAGAAAAUAUCAAAGAAGAGACCUAAAAUGAGAUCUGCUUAGUGUGACAUCUCUUCAGAACAGUUCCACAAAGUGCAAUUACACGACAUUCCGAGCAUCUUUGAUAAAAAGCCUGACCCUAGGACAGUCCUUUUCCAAACAUUGCAUUUUGUCACCUAAAAUCCAGAUCCUGGCAGUGAAGUAAAUGGCUCAACUUCCCCCUGGAGUUCGCUUCAUCGUUUUAUUUACAAGAGAUCAGUGGUGCAGGGCCUUCAUUUUUGUUCUUACCUUUUUGUUGUAUGCUAGUUUCCACUUGUCAAGGAAACCUAUUAGUAUAGUUAAGGGAGAACUACAUAAGCACUGUGCUCCUCCAAAUGAAGUUGAACUCAACUCCUACAAAGAAUAUGCCAUCCAGAUUCAGCCUGUUAAAAAGUUAUCUGAUGAGUCUCAGUGUGGUUGGGAGCCAUUUGACAAGAACAAUUACAAACAAUUACUGGGAGCCCUGGAUUACUCAUUUCUGUGUGCUUAUGCAGUUGGAAUGUAUUUGAGUGGUAUAAUAGGAGAGCGAUUGCCUAUUCGGUAUUAUCUAACAGUUGGAAUGCUUGCCAGUGGACUCUUCACUGCAAUGUUUGGGUUGGGCUAUUUCUAUAAUAUACAUAACCUGUGGUUCUACAUGAUAGCUCAGAUAGCUAAUGGAUUGGUACAAACCACUGGCUGGCCCAGUGUUGUUACCUGCAUUGGCAACUGGUUUGGAAAAGGAAGGAGAGGUUUGAUCAUGGGAAUCUGGAAUUCUCACACUUCCGUAGGGAAUAUCUUAGGAUCCUUAAUUGCUGGUUACUGGGUAUCUACCUGCUGGGGUCUGUCUUUUGUGGUUCCUGGUGUUAUAAUUGCUUGCCUGGGGAUCGUUUGUUUUCUAUUUCUCAUUGAACACCCUAAAGAUUUCAGUUGCGCUUGCAAACCAUCCAGUAGCUCAAAGUCCUACAUGAAUGGUACAAAUAAAUUCAGAGUCCAUGAGCCAACCUUAAAUCUUAAAGAAACUGACAAACUUCAGGAUCCAGCGAUGCAGUGUUUGCUUCCUGAUAGAGAGAACUGCACAGUGCCGCUGAACCAUAACAUGGCAGUCAAUGUGGAAGGUGGAACUAGAAUGUCAGCUAUCAGCUUCAUAGGUGCUUUGCGAAUACCUGGAGUCAUAGAAUUCUCUCUCUGUUUGUUGUUUGCUAAACUAGUCAGUUAUACUUUCCUUUUCUGGCUUCCACUCUAUAUCACAAACGUAGAGCAUCUUGAUGCAAAAAGAGCUGGGGAUCUUUCCACAUUGUUCGAUGUGGGUGGAAUCUUUGGUGGCAUUUUGGCAGGCAUGAUAUCAGAUAGAUUGGAAAAAAGGGCUUCCACCUGUGGAAUGAUGUUACUACUAGCAGCACCUGCUCUAUACAUGUUCUCUACAAUCAGUAAAAUGGGCCUAGAAGCUACCAUAGUUAUGCUGCUUAUCAGUGGAGCCCUGGUGAAUGGUCCUUAUGCGCUGAUCACAACUGCAGUCUCUGCUGACUUGGGUACCCAUAAAAGUCUGAAAGGAAAUGCAAGAGCCUUGUCCACAGUUACGGCUAUCAUCGAUGGAACAGGUUCUGUAGGUGCUGCUCUAGGGCCUCUGUUAGCUGGUCUCAUCUCUCCCUCUGGUUGGAACAAUGUAUUUUACAUGCUAAUGGUGGCAGAUGCAUGUGCCUUACUAUCUUGGGCUCCCUCUGCUGGUCUCAUCAGAGUCUUGCUGGUACAAUAAUAAUUUGCUGGUACAAUUAUGAUCAAAUAAAUGUUAGUCUCUAAGGUGCCACAAGUACUCC